GCCGCGCUUUAAGCCUGCGUGACGCGCCGGCGUUGUCGUGGCGCUCCGUCGACGUCCCGAGACCCUGUUGUCUUCCGCUGCUGUCAGGAGAUAUUGGAUCCUCUGAAUACUGUCCCUUCAUCUCUGAAUAAAAAUCUGUAUUCUAGUCUGAACUGUGGGAAGAAAGGAUUGUUGGUCUGUGGUUUUCCUGCUUGAAGGACACCAUGUUUUCCAAACUAACACAUUUGCAGAAGGUUGUGGUGCGUGGUCAUGGAGUUCCUUCUUCAGUGGCUUUUGCUACAUCUGUUGCAACUAAAAAAACAGUCCAAGGCCCUCCAACCUCUGAAUACAUAUUUGAAAGGGAAUCUAAAUAUGGUGCACACAAUUACCAUCCUUUACCUGUAGCCCUGGAGAGAGGAAAAGGUAUUUACCUAUGGGAUGUAGAGGGCAGAAAAUAUUUUGACUUCCUGAGUUCUUACAGUGCUGUUAACCAAGGGCAUUGUCACCCCAAGAUUGUGAAUGCCCUAAAGAGUCAAGUGGACAAACUGACUUUAACGUCCAGGGCUUUCUAUAAUAACGUGCUUGGUGAAUACGAGGAGUACAUCACUAAACUUUUCAACUACCACAAAGUUCUCCCUAUGAAUACAGGAGUAGAGGCUGGAGAGACUGCCUGCAAACUGGCUCGUAAGUGGGGCUAUUCCGUGAAAGGAAUUCAGAAAUACAAAGCAAAGAUUGUUUUUGCAGCUGGAAACUUUUGGGGUAGGACUUUGUCUGCUAUCUCCAGUUCCACAGACCCAACCAGUUAUGAUGGUUUUGGACCAUUUAUGCCAGGAUUUGAAAUCAUUCCAUAUAAUGAUCUGUCUGCACUGGAGCGUGCUCUUCAGGACCCAAAUGUUGCCGCGUUUAUGGUUGAGCCAAUUCAGGGUGAAGCGGGUGUUGUUGUUCCAGACCCGGGCUACCUAGCGGGAGUGCGAGAGCUCUGCACCAGGCACCAGGUUCUGUUUAUUGCUGAUGAAAUACAGACAGGAUUGGCCAGAACUGGUAGAUGGUUGGCAGUGGAUCAUGAAAACGUCAGACCCGAUAUAGUCCUUCUUGGAAAGGCCCUUUCUGGGGGCUUGUACCCUGUGUCUGCAGUGCUGUGUGACGAUGAAAUAAUGCUGACCAUCAAGCCAGGGGAGCAUGGGUCCACGUAUGGUGGCAACCCCUUGGGCAGCCGGGUGGCCAUUGCAGCCCUUGAGGUUUUGGAAGAAGAAAACCUUGCUGAAAAUGCAGACAAAAUGGGUACUAUCUUGAGAAAUGAACUCAUGAAGCUACCUGCUGAUAUUGUAACUGCUGUAAGAGGAAAAGGAUUACUAAAUGCUAUUGUUAUUAAAGAAACGAAAGAUUAUGAUGCUUGGAAGGUGUGUCUGCGACUUCGAGAUAAUGGACUUCUGGCCAAGCCAACCCAUGGCGACAUCAUCAGGUUUGCACCUCCGCUGGUGAUCAAGGAGGAUGAGAUUCGAGAGUCCAUUGAAAUCAUUAACAAGACCAUCUUGUCUUUCUGAGGGUCCCUGGAGCCUGCUGGAAAAUGUUCUCUGAAAGCUCUGCUCUUAAUGCAGGCACUUUCCACUCCUACAUGUCUUCAAAGACUUUUUUGAAAUAUAUAUAUUUUUUCAGUUGAUACAUAAUAGAAUGACAUUUAUGAGCCUGCUGUUUGCUGUGUAACAUACCGAAGAGAAUAUAAUGGCAUCUGUAUUCAAUGCAGUGUUUUUAUGUGUGUGUAAUCUAUCUAUAUAUAGACAGCCAUUAAAUCAAGUCCUUUGGUAUAAUUUAUAUAUGUUUUUAUAAUUUCCUUGCUGGUAUAUAUAUUUCAUGUUUGAAAGAGUUAUAUCCAGGGUAUUACCUAAAAGACUUGCUUAAUGUUAUAAAGUUGAAUCAUUGUAUGGUUAAUGGGUGCAAAAGUAUAGUUAGAUAGAAUGAAAAAUAUCAUAUGUACCCUGUAAAGAUAUAUAACUAUUCUGUACCCAUAAUUAAAAAUAAAAAAUUUUCAAAAGUUGAAUCAUUGUAAUAAUUAAAUUUUAGGAAGAAUUAAUGGUUAAACAUAGAUCAAAUACUAGUUUUAAGUAAACUUCAUAUUGGCCAACAUCAGAGUAUAUUCUAUGGAUGUCAUUAUUUGGAAUUAAGAAUUAAUGUUUAACAUUCGUAAAUUAUAAUAAGUGUUUGAUUAUAAUUUGUAAAAAAAGGUUUAUUUUCAUUGUUUCUUUAAAUUUAAAAUAAAGCUCAUAUUUCUAAUAACUAAUUUUGUGAUAAUGUUGACCUAAAAGGAAGGAGCUGAGGCAGAAUUAAUAUAGAGAAUUUAUUUGGGCCAAGGUUGAGGACUGUAGCCCUGGAUACCUUGAAGGUGCUCAGGAGAACAAAGGAGAGACUCUGUUUUUAAAGAAAAAAAGGACAAAUCAGGAGAGGGAUUACAAAAGUGGUUCAUCAGGAUUUCUCAUUGGUUUAAAGAAACCACGUUGGAUAGUGAUUGGUUAUGCAUUCUUGAACACUAGAUGGAGCGUUGUUGAACUACAGGGCGUGGCACUGUAGGUCUCCCAAGAGUCAGUCUUAGCUAGUGGCUUCAGGAGGCAGUUAUUUGCCCAAGGGGGAGUGAGAUGUGGCUGCUGUUUCAUUUCUGUGCUUCUCUGGGCCUGAUAAUUGAAAAGGGCUUGAAUUCUUCAGAUAAAGAUUUCUUCUUUCUCUUCCCACAUCAAUGUGCUGUUACUGCAGUAUCAUUGGUUACCUAACAUUUUUAAGCUCUGAGACUGUUCUUACUUUGUUUUAUCCCAUAUAUAUUCUAAGAGCAUUUCAGCUUGCUUUGUGAUCUAUAGAAAAAUAGAAAUAAUAAAUAAAUACAUCUGGGAGAUAGUCUCAUACUUCCCUUUCAAAAUAAUGGCUUUUUCCUGUGCAUGUACUCAAAUAUUUAUCAUUUGUAUUAAACUUGUCCCUUCUAUGGUGUUUUGCAGCUUUUUUUUUUUUUACUUGAACAGAAUAUUUUGGGUGUUUUUCCAUGUUGAUAGUUAUAAGAUCUCAUUCUCAAAUGACUAGUAUUUCAUAAUGUGGGAUACAUUGUAAUUUCAUCUCAUAUGAGGGGAUUGUUUGACUUGUUUUGGGGUUUUCGUUCCUUAAAUAAAGCUUGUGACCAGUUUAUAUUUUUGCA